AUGGCUCUUUUCAUUCAGCUCUGCACCUGUAUGGUCUUUGUCUUGGUAUCUGUACUUCAUGUCCAAGGACAGAGCGCAUACUGUUCUGUGGAGAAUGCCAGUCCUAGUAUUGAGGAGAACAAUGCUCCUGGAGUCGUGGUCACCAACAUUACGACAGCUGCUGGUGUCACUGUAACAAUUGCCCCGGCAUCAGACACAAACCCUGAGUGGUUUGACAUAAAAGACUCACAACUUAUCCUGAAAUAUUCAGUGGAUUAUGAGAAUACAACAGUACUAAUUGUAGAACUAAAAUGCUGGAGCAGCGGUAUAGAGGAAAAUAGUCUGAUCGUUGUGGUGACAAUUAUCAAUGUCAAUGACAACCCUCCUGUCUUCAAGGAAACUAACAUCACGGUCAAUGUUAAUGAGGACACAAAAGUGAAUGCAAUUGUUGUACCCCAGGCUGAUGUAACUGCAACUGAUGCUGACGCAGAUGUAAUAUUCUACAACCUUACAGGAAGUCCAAUGGCAUUAGAAUAUUUCAAUAUACAAGGUGUUAAUAAUCCACAAAUUUCCUUGCUCAAACCCCUGGAUUAUGAAAGAAUGAAUUUAAUGGAGUUUACUCUAUAUGCUAUGGAUGGAGAUGCAGAUGCCUCAGAUACACACACAGCCACUGCAGCAAUAACUAUACACAUCCUACAGGCAGAUCUCAGACCUCCCUGGUUUCAGCCAUGCACUCUCUUUGGAGGCAACAUAGUGUGUAUUAACUAUGGUUACACAGGCAAAGUCAAUGUCUCACAGAAUGUGAUUGGGCCCUUGAUCCUGGAACCAGGACCCCUCUAUGCUAUUGAUGGGGACAAAGAUUUAAAUGAAAUUAUCGUAUACGAAAUAGUUGGUGGAAAUGAUGACAAUACAUUCUCAAUAGACAGAAAUACUGGAAACAUAACAAUGAACAAGCCUGUUGACAAACUAAAGACUUUUGUGUUGUAUAUUGUGGCUUCCCAAGAAAACAAUCCAUUCAGAUAUUCGCAAACUACAGUGGAAAUCAAAGUUGUGCACAGAAAUGACCACAAGCCUGUUUUCAACACUACUUACCUGGGAACCAUGUCUGUGGAUUUGCCUGUUUCCAGCCUGGUCAUGGAGGCUGGCAAACCUUCAGUACCCCUGAAGAUUUUUGCACGUGAUGAUGACUUUCCUGAUGGAAUAAAUCCUGACAUUAAAUAUGAAAUCCAAAACAGCAGUGAUUUCAGAGUCACCUCAGAUGGAUUUCUCCUGACUACUGUAGUUUUGGAUGUGCCCUCCACUAUUACACUUUUGGUUAUUGCUAACGAUACCGUGGCUCAGCAGGAAGCAAGCACUUUGAUUACUAUAGAUGUCCUACCUUUGGCAACUACAACAAUUCCAACUACUACUACUACUACCACAACCACCACUACUACUGCCACCAAUACCACCUCUACAACAUCAUUCACUACUAUCCCAGGGAUAGGGACAACGACUUCAAGGACUUCAGGUCCGUUCUCUAGUUUACCCCCUGGGAUAAACAGCACUCUACCUACAGUUCCUUCUCAGUCUACCGUGCCCACAUCACCACCUGCAAGUACAACUAGGAAUACUGGCAUUACGGAGAGUACUGGGAAACCCAUAACAGCUCCAGGACCUGGGGGACCCACAUCAUCAACACCACCUACUUCUAAAUCAACCACAUCAAGUACAACUUCUGCAGCUCCAGGACCUGGGGGUCCCACACCACCAACAACCCCUACUUCUAAAUCAACAACAUCAAGUAUAACUUCUGCAGCUCCAGGACCUGGGGGUCCCACAUCAUCAAUACAACCUACUUCUAAAUCAACCACAUCAAGUACAACUUCUGCAGCUCCAGGAUCUGGGGUCCCCAUACCAUCAGCACAACCUACUACUAAGUCAACCCCAUCAAGUACAACUUCUGCAUCUCCAGGACCUGGGGGUCCCACAUCAUCAACACAACCGACUUCUAAAUCAACCACAUCAAGUACAACUUCUGCAGCUCCAGGAUCUGGGGCCCCCAUACCAUCACCACACCCUACUACUAAGUCUACCACAUCAAGUAAAACUUCUGUGCAUCCAGGACCUGGGGGACCCACACUGUCAACACGCCCUACUUCUAAGACUACAAUAGCAAGUACAACUUCUGCAGCAUCAGAGCUAACAAAUAUUACAUUGGACAAAUAUAAUCAAGAUAUGGCUGUUUUGGGCGGAAUUCUGGGGAGUUUGCUGGCAAUUACACUCGUGCUACUCGGAUUGAUCUCCUAUAAAUACUACAAAUUGAAAAAUGCACCUGGAGAAGAUGACAGCAGCUUUACUGGAGGUUUUACCAAUGAGAUCUAUGAAAAUGGUGAGCAACCUAACUUUGAUGGAAAGGGUGAUGAGCUGCCAGCAAACGUAGAGGCUGAACAUGACAGCCCAGGUCCUUCGGCUCCUUUGGAGAAGAGCAUGAAAGUCAGCUUGGCAUCAGCCUCCUCUGAAGCAAUUGAAAACGAAGCUAAAAAUGAGGACAGUGAAAAGGAAGUGAAGUCCAUCCUCACAAAAGACAGGCGGGUGGCAGAUGAUGGCUACAAAUCAGUGUGGUUCAAAGAAGACAUUGACCCAGAUGCCAAGGAUGAUGUUUUAGUGAUUGGAGAUGAACGAAACAGAAUUGAUAGUGAUGAUGAUAGUAAUGAAGAGGAGGAGGAGGAGGGAAAUGGUAGCGGCAGAGGUGGCACUGAUGUUGCCAUCAUUCCAGGAAGAGCUCAACUACCAGAGGAUCAAUCUCUUUUAAGUGGAUCUUUUGAGAAUAAGGAAGAAAACAGCAUUUAUUUGUAAAGUUAACAAAGUAAAAUGUCAUUUCCUUGUGUCUUUCAAUGUAUAUCCUGACUACG